ACUGCAACAUACAUACACGAGUCCGCCAUUGUGGCUACAAAGACGAUGAUUACCAUAAGUUAAAAUAAAUUAUAUAUCGACAUGCCUAGAUCAAGAAGCCGAAGUAGAAGUCGUGCAGAAAGCAUAACUAGACAAAAGCACAGAAGCAAGCACAAGAAGAAGCGUUCAAGGUCUAGUUCAAGAUCUCGAGCAUACAGAAAUCAUCGCUCUAGAUCACGAGAUAGAAAACGAAGACACGAACGAACCAAACGUUCUUUGUCAUCAAGUAGUUCUAGCAGUGAUGAUGAGCUGAUAUUAAGGGCCAAGAGACGGGAAGAGGAAGAGAAGAAAUUGGAAUUAGAAAGACAAAGAUUACAGAAACAAAAAGAACUUGAAGAAAAACUGAUUGAGGAAGAAGUAGCUCGUAGAGUUGAAGAAUUGGUCUCUAAAAGGGUAGAAGAAGAGUUAGAAAAACGUAAAGAUGAAAUCGAGGCUGAGGUUAAGAGGAGGGUCGAAGAGGCAAAAAGGAUCAUGGAGGCUCAAAUGUUGGAGGAAUUGGAACGACAAAGAGAAACAGAAAUAGAAAACCAACGAAAGUUGGAGGAAGAAGAAAGGCUGAAACGAAAAGAACUUGAAAAAAUUAUGGUAGACAAUAAUAAAAAGAUAGAAGAAGCACAAAAGAAACUUGCUGAAGAACAAUUGAAACUUGUUGAAGAACAGAGGAAAAUGUUAGAACAAAAACAACGAAUGGAAGACGAAGACCAGAAGAGAAAAAGAUCUGAACAAGAAGUGAUUCUCAACAAGAAAAAUGCUAGACCAAAAUUGUCAUUUAGUCUAGGCGGGAAAUAAUAUAUAAUUUAAUUUAGCAUUGAAAUCCUGUGUGCUGUUACUGCCAUGUGAUAAAUGAUUGACCCGAUGGAGGAUGUGAAGAAGUUCUGUGUGCAGAUUGUUUAUAGAAAAUGGUGUUCAAGAAUUGGGAAGAUAGAGAGAGAGUGUGAGAAAAUAGGAAGGAUGUGAAAGAAUUUUUAUCAUUUAAUUUAUAAAUUUUCAUAAAAAAAUUAUUCUUCAUUUGACUUUUGAUUUUUUUUUUUAUGUUUCAUUGUAUGUGAGUGAUGAAAGGAAUGUCUGUCAAAGAUCAUCAUGAGAAGGACAAGAAUUGUUAAUAUGUAAUUUUUUUAAUGGAUUUUAAACAUUUAGAAUGUAUCAAGAGCCAAGAAUGUUCAUUCCCUCAUAAUCGCCAGUUCAGACUGAUUUUAUUAAUGAAUCAUGAAUACUCUUUAUGUCUGUUUUGGAGUGACUUAUAACAUGUUAUAUAUUAUGAAUUAUAUUGUUGUACAGUAUAAACAAUUCAAAAAUUAGGAUACCUUAAAGACAGCAGUAACUUUUGUAAAGACUGAAAUGAAUUUCUUAAUGACUCAUUUAUAACACAUAAAGCAGUCAGAAUUACUGCUCAAGAACACCCAGUAAUAGUAAUUUUAAGAUAUUUAACACAUUUGACAAUGACAAGACUAUUGAAUACCUUAGCUGACUUAGACUGAAUAAGGAUGAAGUAUGGUUUUACAGGUAAGCGGCAUGACUUGAGAAAAUUAACAUAAAACAGGUAAGUACCAGGUAGAUAUUCUCUUGUACACAGGAUCAACAGUGGUGAGGUCUUAAGUAUUCAGUACGUACCUUUGUCCACAUGUUUGUUGUAAGAUUUAUUUCACUCUUUUGAAUUUUUAAUUUCCUCUUGCACAUCCCAUAUUUAAAUUUCUUCUUAUUGAGAUUGAAGUAGGAAAACCAUUUUAGUAUUUGUUAGAAUUCUACAAUCAAAUUCACUGCUGGAUGGAAUCAGUUAAAUUUAUAAAUCUGUCAUGCAUUUAAGUCAGAAUUAAGGAAGUCAUCAGAUGAGGUUUCCCCAACUGCUUGUAAAAAUCCAAUCCAAGAAAUGUCAAAUUGUCCAGUAUAUAGUUUAGUAACACACAUUUCAAAUUUAAUUAGGACUCUGCUCUACUGUUCAGUUCUAAAAAAUAAUAGCUUAGGCCACAUGGACAUGAUGGACUACUUUAUAUAUUAAUAUAGUAAGAUUGCUUUCGUAUGCUGAAAGCUAAAAUUACAUUCAUAUCAAUUGCGUUGAAAGUAAAAUAAAUAAAGUUGUAGUAUCUGGAUAGUUGAAAGGGUUUUGACCACAUCUUACAAAAUUGAAGGCAGGGAUAUCUGAAAGCUUAAGUGUCACCUGGAUCUGUAUUGUUUGUGGUUAUUGUAGGUCCAAGGUAAAACCAAAUUACAAGUUCUUUUUAGCAGUUUAUACACUCAUUUCAGAUGCCAACAGUUAGGUAAAUAACCUAGUAAUAAGAAUAUGAAUUAUUUGAUAGACAUAGCAGUUGACUAUAUUUGUAUUAUUAACUUAAUUUUGGAAUUGGUGCAUCAAUAAUUAGCAAUUAGCCUAAUGAGUAUUUCAUCAAAUAGAGGGCUAUCUAGGUAAACCUUAUUUUGUCACAACCUGGUAAUUUUCUAUAUAGUUUACAGUGUCAGAACACAACCAUUUAUCACAAUAUAUAAAGUUCUUUACAUAGAAAUUUUAUGGCAAAACCUUACUGAUAGGUUGUGUAGAAACAUAAAUUUUUGCUCAGUUUUGCUGAUGAAUUUCAUUUUUUAAUCGUGUUCAACAAUUUGAAUAUAAAAUUUGAAACUUAUUAUUGCCAUGACUAAAGUCAAGUUGGAAUUUUUAAAUUAAACUACCAGGGAUUUUUUUACAAGACUUGUUCCAUGAACAAAGUUAUAUAUAUAUUGUUAUAUUUAUACCUAAUGUAUGUUUACAAGAAUGAAUGUAUUGGUUGGUACAUUAAAGAGUGUAACAACGUGAAAA